UGUGAAAAUCAAAACACAAGAAAAAAUUACGAAAUUUCCUCAUUUUUUGGGGAAUUAACUGAAUGAUUUUUGUUAAAAUUUAUUAAACAAAGCAACAGACAAGAUGUUCUCGCAAAUGAUGUGUCGCAACAUGCUCAGAUAUGGCGGGCAGAGCACAAAAAUACCGAAUUCAGUCAAUUCAGUGCGACAACAGUUGGUGAGAUUUUGUUACAAAAAAGCCUCCGAGGAGCAAAUGAAAAAAAGGACAACAAUGAACUAUUUGAUCUCGGGAAUUGCGUUGGCGUCGGGCAUGACAUUUGCCGCUGUGCCGCUAUAUCGAGCCUUUUGUCAGGCCUACAGUUAUGGAGGAACAACAAAAGGACACGACGGUUCGAGCGUUGAAGACAUGGAGCGAAAGCCCGAUAAAGUCAUAAAAGUCACAUUUAAUGCGGAUUUGAGUGCUUCGAUGCUGUGGAACUUCAAGCCGCAACAACACGAGAUCAAAGUUGUGCCGGGAGAGACAGCGUUGGCCUUCUAUAAAGCCAAAAAUCCCACAGAUAAGCCCGUAAUUGGCAUCAGCACGUACAAUGUGAUCCCCUUUGAGGCGGGACAGUACUUUAACAAGAUUCAGUGUUUCUGUUUUGAGGAACAAAUGUUGAAUCCACAUGAAGAAGUUGACAUGCCAGUGUUCUUUUACAUCGAUCCUGAAAUCACGGAAGACCCAAAAAUGGAAUUUCUCGAGGAAAUUAUCUUAUCUUAUACGUUCUUUGAAGCAAAAGACGGUCAAAAUAUCCUAAAAAUACCUGAAUAUGCGAAACGACAUAUGGCUGCGGCACAAUAAUAGAAGCUUUGUUAAAAUUGUAGAUAAUUUUAAAUAAAAAAAAAAAUAGAAAAAUCAUCAAAUUUGAAUGAAAUUUCAC